CCUGGCUGUUGUUUAUUUCCGGAAGAGGUGUUGGAAGUGGGUAACAAGAGACUGUUUUUCUGAGUGAAAGAGACACCUCUAGUGUUCGUUAUUUACCUCACGUACAAUACUUCACAUCAUGAAGCCAGCAGGUGCAGUUCUUUAUCCAGUACAAGGUGUGACACUUCACAGAGUAGCCGCUGGCCAAAGGUCUCGGGGAGAUGGAGAAGAACAGGAACCAGCUUCUUCUCCACAGUUACAAGAAUCGGGAAAAGCUUGUACAAAAUCAAAGAAUGGGUAUAAGAAGAUCAACAAAGACAUUCACAAUGUUGAAGCUGUUCACAAACUCAAACUAGACAAUACUGAACUGGAAAGUCCUGUAAUAGCGAGAAAAGACAGGGUUCACACAAUUAAGCAGACUUCAGAGAACUACCUACCUGAAGUUGCAGAUAUUGCUCAAAAACUCACAAAAGUUUCCAUCAUGUCAUGCCCAGACACAAACUUGCUCAAUUUGCCACCUAAAGAUUUAUACACAAAGAAGAUCAUUCCUGUAAUUCCAAGAACUCAGAACAUGAGCUCAUUCCUAUGUACAAGAGAAAGAAAUUCAUAUGUAUAUUCUAAAAAGAGAAAAGAACCAAAGUUUGUGCCAUAUGAGCCAUAUAAAGGGUGUGUGAAGCCAAUACUUAAUAAAAAGAACAAAAAGGGGAGCAAACAAGGCAGAAGUGUGACUCCAAUACCCGAGGCAACUGAACCUGAAGUAUGUGAAGACAAAUUGCCUUCAAACACCAAUGCUGAGGACAAGAGUGCUGAGAGGCUGAGCAUAUUAGUAAAGGACUUUGAAAAGGAGAGAGCAACCUGGGAAUGGAACACAUCUGUACUGAACUCCGAGAAGAAGACCUUAGAAGACCAACUCAGCCAAGUUAAGAAAGAGAAGAUCAACUUGGAGAAUCAGCUGAGUGUUCAGUCACAGGUUAAUACAGAGCUGAAAAAACUUUUGGUUGCAUCAGUUGGUGAGGAUGUCCAAGGAAGAGUGCAAUGUCUUACUGAAGACAAGGCACGCAUGGCAACCAUGAUACGCCGUUACUCUGCUCGAGUUGAUCGUGAUUAUGAAGAAAAGGAAAGAAUGGGAAUUCAGUGUGAUGUUUGGCGCUCAAAGUUUCUUGGAAGCAGUAUGCUUGUGGAUGAGCUGGUGAGUUGCAAGGUGAUACUGAUGCAGAAAUUGGAGGAAGCAGAAGAGGCACUGAGGGUGGUGAUAGAUGAACACGAUUUGGCAAGACAGCACAUUCUUAAUAUCUACAGAAUGAACAAACAGCUAAGUGAUGCAUUUGACCCACUUGCUGCUCAAUCGGGUGGUGUUCCUCCUUUGGCCUCAGCAGACUUAGUCACUCUUGCUGUAGAUGGUGAUGUGUUAGCUGAGACUGUCCGGGACCGUCUGCUUGGUGACCUUGGCCGAUCUGUUGGCUGCUCUCUCUCCUUGGAAGGACUGGAAACACAAACACCAGGGGAAAAAAUGGCUCGACAGUUGGUGGGAAGACUCUGCUCUAAUGAAGGUUCGUCAUGUGCCGAGUGCAGUACUCUGUCUCCAGGCAGGUCUGCCAUGAUGCAUCGCUUCCAUCCCAACACUCGCUAUGAACAUGUCACUGUGAAUUGCUGCUCACACUGCAACGGGGAGAUCAAAGUUGUGUGAUCAUGAAAUUUAAUAAAAAAUUUUAUAUUUUAUUUGUUAUCUUCUAGGAUAUUAUUUUAGUUCAUAUCGAAAGGAUAGUUAUUUGCUUGAGAUAAUUUAAUAGUUUGCUACAGGUGCUCAUGGUUUAAAAACAUAAAUUUUUUAAACAUUUAAUUGAACUCCUUUGGGUGCUGAACUUUGUGAUACUGAAAUAAUGUUGUCUAGUGCUGUACACCCCAAGACAUUUGAAGUCAAUUCAUAAUAAAUAUGAUUACACUAAUAUUGUGCUCCCAAUCACCUCAUGAUUAUUAGUCUUCAAGUGGAAAUACUCUUUUUAGGAAUGCAUAAAUAAAUUUACUUACUGAUUUAGAGUACUAAGAACUAAUGACAUAUGCAAAUAAACAACUUUAACCACUGCACUGUGCAGAGCGCCUUGAGAUGCUAGAUCAGGGGUGCACAGAGCCCCUCGGGGUGAUGAUAGGUAUAGCAUACGAUUCAAAACUGGCGUGCGGUGACCAGGGUACAAAAUGGAUGCCCGAGGCCUCCAGUAAUCGUCUGCUAUUUUAAAAAAGAUCCCAGCAUGCCCCACGGCCAUGGGGCGCUCCAGUUUCAAGGUAGCAACCAUGUCUGAUGCAUAAUCUGUAAGCUCCUGGUCCACAGUCAGCCGCAGUGUUGAAAAACAACUUUCAGGGGACGAAAUAAGUACAUUUGUGCAAUAUUUUCAACAUAUGUGAUCAGGGGAGGGUAUUUAUCACUUUUGGAAGGAAAAAAAUUUUUUUGCAAAGAAUUUAUUUUCGGUGCACAACGGGAAUGUCAUAUUUUAAGACCGCACAGCACGGUGGUUAAAGAGGAAUAUUGUUUUAGAUUUGAUAUUUGAAGCAAUUUUAUAUCUUGCGGAUCAUUAUUUUGAACCUCUUGUUAUAACCGUUAUUAGAACCUAAUCCAAAUUUGUAGUUUUACAUUUUUGUAAUUGCUUAAUAUGACCAGUUUCUGCUCACGUGUUUAGUUGUACCCUAAAAAGAAUAUUCACUUGACCUAUUAUUAAGUGAAUUCUUUUGAAUUUGUUUCUAUUGAUAAGUACACCAAAUUUGCCCUCUUCAUUUGAGAAAAAUAAAAGAUUAAGAGGAAAAAUCAAAUGACAUUGAAUGGUUUAAUUAUUUAGAACCCAGGUUAUUUAAAUGUAAUAAAAAUCAUCACAAUUGGGUCAUCAUAGUUUGGUCACAGGCGGGACCAAAGAGCCAGAGCUCAACCCCCGCAACCACAACUAGGUGAGUACAGUAUUUUUCUCAUACAAAUGGUCUUGUAUAUUAUGUAGAGUAUAAAAAAUUAUUUAUAUACAUGCUUUUAUAAAUGUAUGAAUACUCUAGUUGUAUGUGGAGGUGGAUGCUUAUUUUGCAUACAUAGUAUAUUGAAGGGUUUUCUUUUGGUAUUGUAUAAGUUUGUAUUUGCUGUAAUAUAAGUUAUUUAAUAAUCCCUUUAAUAUACUAAAUACUCAGUUGUCUGAUAUAUUAUCUUGAAAGAAUUAUGUAAACUUUAAAGUUAGAUAGAAUUUUUACUCGUUCGUAGAUUAAGUUUGAAAUGUAUUUUAUUUAAUGCUUUGUGAAUGAAAUAGAUAAAAUUAAUGAACGAAUGAAUUCAAUUUUUUAAUAUGUACUCAAAACUAGAUUCAUACAAUGAUAGAGUAGCCAUUAUAUGUACAGAUGCAAAUUUGUAUAUCUGAAGACCCAAUGUCUGUGCAAUUCUCUAAAAAAAUAAGGUCUAUUAGCAAUAAAUAUUUUAUUCAAAUAAAA